CUCUCAUUCUUUGCAAACAAAUGACAACAAAGGGGUUUGCCUUUGCCUUGCUGUUUGUGCUGCUGCUCUGCGUGGUCCAUCACGUCCAGCCGGCACAAGCCGCCGAUGCUUGCACCGUGUGCAGCUGCUCGGGAACUACUGUCAAUUGCAUUGGCAAGUCUCUCACCGAAAUCCCAACCGGCAUCCCGUUGUCCACAACAUACUUAACUAUGACCAGCAACCAAAUUACCAGCAUUUCUGCAAACGCAUUCACAGGCUUGAGCGCGCUGACUUGGCUGGACCUGACAAGCAACCAGAUCACCAGCGUUCCUCCUGCUGCAUUCUUCGGCUUGACCAAGGUGAUUCAACUGAGUCUCUUUGGCAACAUGAUCACCGACAUUGCUGCAAACGCAUUCACAGGCAUGGCUUCGCUGACCAUGUUGCAGCUGGCUAGCAACCAGCUCACUGCCAUUUCUCCAGCCUGGUUUACAGGCCUGAGCAAGUUGACUCACUUGCGACUCGAUGCCAACAAGUUCACUAGCAUUCCCGUAAACUUAUUCGCAGGCCUUUCUGCGGUAAACACCUUGUAUAUUGACCACAACCUGAUCUCCAGCAUUUCCGCAACCGCGUUCGCUGGCCUGUCUGCACUGACUUACCUAUCCUUGGAUUCCAACAAGAUCACCAACAUUGCGUCCAGCGCAUUCACCAGCAUGACUGCGCUGUUUUACUUGAGUUUGAAUGGCAAUCCCUUCACCACUUUGCCGCCGGGGCUGUUUAAGGGCCUGAAGAACGGCUUGAUUUUGUCGUCAUACUACUGGACCUAUCUGAGCCCCAACAACCUGACCUUCGGUGGAAACACUGUCGCUCCGCCCAGCAUGUACGGCACCGCAUCCCAGCCAUACCAGUGCGAUACAACCUGCGCGACCUGCUAUGCCUCUGGGUCCAGCGCGUGUUGCGGGACCAAUUGUCUGACCUGCACCUCGUCCAAUAGCUGCACUCAGUGCUACGACGGCUAUAACAUGAUGGUCGGCUACUGCCUCGCAUCGGCUGCCACCAACGCAUCUAUUGCUUCGGCUGCCUCCAUGGCUUCAAACGCAAUCACGCAAUCUGCCUCAGCUGCAUCGGCUGCCUCGGCUGCCUCGACCGUCUCUGCAUCGCUUGCGUCAGCCGCCUCGACCUUGCCUGCUUCGCUCGCCUCGGUUGCCUCGGCCGCCUCAACCGUCUCUGCAUCGAUCGCGUCGGUCGCCUCAGCCGUGUCUGCUUCGCUCGCAUCGGUCGCUUCAAUCGCAUCGUCGCAGUCUGCAUCGAUCGCGUCAGUCGCCUCAAUCGCAUCGUCGCAGUCUGCAUCAAUCGCGUCGGCUGCCUCUAUCGCAUCGUCGCAAUCUGCAUCGGUUGCCUCAGCUGCUACGGCUGCCUCGGAUGCCUCAACUGCCGCCGCCUCGGUUGCUUCUGAAGUUUCCGCCACCUCGGCGUCGGUUGCUUCCCUCGCCGCUGCAUCGACUGCUUCGAUGGCAUCUGCUGCAGGCGCCUCAUCCGCAUCUCUGGCUUCCGACGUGUCCGCUACAUUGGCAUCCUUUGCUUCUCUCGCUACUGCGUCUUCAGCGUCAAUCGCAUCGCAAGUCGCCGCGUCUGUCGCUUCUGAUGUUUCUGCUACCUCGGCGUCCUCUGCCUCCGUCGCGGCCGCCUCUUCUGCUUCGAUUGCAUCUGCUGCACUCGCCUCUUCCGCAUCUGUCGCUUCCGAUGUUUCUGCCACCUCGGCGCUCUCAGCAUCCGGUGCUUCCCUUGCUGUUGCGUCUUCGGCUUCAGGUGCAUCUGCUGCAAGCGCCUCAUCCGCUUCUUUCGCUUCCGAUGCUUCUGCUGUCUCGGAGGUCUCAGCAUCCAGUGCUUCCGUCAAUGCUGCAUCCUCCGCCUCUCUCGCUUCGGCAUCAUCUGCUUCAUUUGCAUCACAAGCGUCUGUAUCAAUUGCCAGUGCUGCAUCUGUCUGGCAGACAUCGGCUGAUUCUGCUGCUUCUGCUGCAUCUGCUGCUUCCAGUGCUCCAAACGAGUCAAGUAGUGCAACUUCUGCGGCUUUGAUUGGCGGAGUGGUUGGUGGCGCCGCCGCUGCUCUCCUCUUGUUGCUUGUGCUGUUGGUGGUCCUUCGGCGUCGUCGCUCACCAAAGACAUCGGCACACACCAACACGGCCACCAAGCUACGUGAAUCGACAUCAGACCCGACGUACGAGUCUGUUCAUCACGACACUGUGGGAAUUCUCGACAACCCGACCUACGAAACGUUCAACCAUCCGUUGUACGAACCGAUCGGCUCCACGACCCAGGGCCCCGUGCUGUAUGUCACAGACGCGUCUGCAUCCAGUGAAGCGCAAGCAUCAGGCAGCGGUGUCGAGUACGCCAAUCCCAAAGAAUAGUCUGUUUUUGUGUGAUCAAACCCGAAACGCGGCGAUUGAUGCCGCACCUUCGUUCCAGCAGACGGCGUGUCUGUUGUUUGUUGUUGUUUGCCAUGUUGUUCGAAUGCUUUUCUAGAUGCUUUUGCCUCCCCUUGCAUGCCUCUCUUCCGCUAUGUCAUCCUCGUGAAUUCUCGCUUGGAUUUUGUUUUGUGUUUUCAAUGUACAAUUCAACUGAAGGCUCCAAAGUGCUGCCACGAGCGCUUUCACUUGAACCCUUCCACAUUG